AUGCAUAAAUCGCAAAGUAUAGAAAACAAGACUGUUCUGGUUGAAGAAGUUGUUAGAGAUUUUGAUAAGAAUGAAGUUUUUGAAGAAAUAACUGCGAAAUUUACCUGGGAACAAGAUGUUGAAAGAUCAUGGAAUUUACUUGUAGAAAAUAAUGGUAUCCUGCAACACAUUAGUCAAGAAAAUUUCCAAGAGAAAAGUAAACAAAAAUAUAAAAAGAAUCAAGUUUGCUCUUUAAGAAAAGGAAUAUUCAGGCACAUAAUAAUCCUAUUCGACAUGUCCAGUAGCAUGAAGGAGAGGGAUUUCAAACCUGAUCGUAUAAACGUUGCCCUGGAGUGUGUAGAAACAUUCCUGACGAACUUCUUCUUCAAAAAUCCAGUUGGACAUGUUGGAGUGGUGGCCCUAAAAAAUAGCGCAGCUAAAUUAAUUCAGCCACUGACUUCCAACAUAGAUGAUAUCACAAAUGCAUUAUUGAAAGAAAGAAUUGCGGGUCUCCAAGGUUCUCCAUCGUUACAACAAGGAUUAGAAAUUGCACACGAAUUGUUAAUAGAUAUACCAUUAUAUGGAACAAAAGAAAUAUUAAUAAUGUAUGGUUCUAUAAGAACUUGCGAUAAAAAGAACAUUUUAAAUAUAUUAGAAUUGAUAAUUAAAAAUAAUAUAUAUGUAAAUUGCAUAUCUAUAGCUCCUGAAAUGCAUAUACUUAAACAUAUUUGUGAGAAAACAAAUGGAUUAUACAAAAUAUGCACAACAAAGAAUUCAUUGAUUAACGAAACAAAUAAUCUUACAGAAACUCCUCUAUGGAUGAAUGGAAUGGAACCACAAUUGAUUCAUAUUUGUUUUCCUAUAAAAAAAAAAAUAAGUACUCAAAUUAUGUGUUCAUGUCAUAACAGUUUAAACACGGAUACAUAUAUUUGUAACUUCUGCAAUAGUUAUACCUGUAAAAUACCUUCUAAAUGUAAAGUAUGUGGUAUUCACCUAAUUUCAAUGCAUGAUUUAUCACACAUUACAAAUAAUCUUCAAGGAUCUCCAUUAUUUAUCGAAAUGAAAAAUGAAAACAAUAUUUAUGACAAGUGUUCCGCAUGUAAUAAGCAACUUUAUGAUAAGGUAUCCCAGUGCACUAAGUGCAAGAACAUUUUCUGCCUUGGUUGUGACAUAUAUAUUCAUGAAGACUUAAAUCAAUGUCCCUUCUGUUUGAUUCACGACACGUGA